AUGCUUCGCCGACUGGGUCACCACGCGUCCCUGCAGAUCAGGCGCCGAGAUGUUUUGACCUCGAGACGCAAUGAACUCAACACUCUGCUCUCGGUUUCUUCGGAUCGCGGCAACUCGCAUCGGCUUUUGAUUAGCGUGGUCGCAGGUAAGCCGGUUACGGAACUUUAUGCGGACUUUGAGACUGGUGCUGGGGUGGAUUACACGGCUCCUACGGCGGCCGAGCAGUUUGCCGCUUUUAAGAAAUAUGUUGAGAUUGCUGAGCAGUACGAGGAUCUAAUGCUUCCUGGACUCUGGAACUUUCCGACCCCAGACAGUAUUCCCGAGGAUUUGCUUCUCGACUUCGGCGACUUCGGCAAGAAGUACGGCAUUGAAGCUGCAGUGCCCCAGAUAUGGAGUGUGGCGGCUGUAGGCUUGGGGGAUGUGAAAAAGCAGCCCACGUUCCAUGUCAUCCAGACAUUCCCAGCACCGCUUGCACGAGCAUUCAUCGGCCAGGGCCAAAGCCUCCACGUGGCGUCCAACAGGAACCAGGAUAUAUACGACAGAGUGGCAGACUUUCUUGGUGACGAUGUUCUCUACUCUAGUGUUGUUGUCAGUUCAGAGAGAUCAUCCGCCGGGGUUUCCGUUGUUGCCAGAGACAAUGAGGGCCGCCUGACCGAGAUUCGAGCCAAGCGCUUGCUAAUCUCCAUCCCACCAACCUUGGCCAACCUUGCGCCCUUCGAGCUCGAUCAAGACGAACUCAACGUCUUCUCAAAGCUGAAGGGUACCAAAGCAUUCGCCGGUGCCGUUGUGGCUUCGACGCUGCCACUCAACACCAGCAUCAUCAACGUUGCACCUUCUGGAGACUGGCUAGACUACCCCGAGUCUAACUUCGCCCAAUGGUUCAAGACACUAGAUUCUCCGGAUCGAUACGACAAGGUUAUGAUGUUUGGAGACAGCAAUCUGGAUGCUCAGAGCGCAAAGAAGCUUGUUGAACGAACUUACAACAAACUGGUCGACGCGGGCAGUUUGGAAGGCGGAAGCCAACUCGAGUGGCUUCAGUUCGCCGAGCACGGGACUAGUAACCUAUGA